AUGUUUGGAGUUUCACAGAUCAUCGGCGCUUUGUUGAUGUAUGGAGUUGGUCGCAUUGACACAUCCUUCCAUACAUGGCGACUGAUGUUUCUGAUCUGCGGUGCACUCACGAUCAUUACCGGCGUCGUCUUCCUCUGGCUGAUGCCCCGUGAUACUUCAACGGCAUGGUUCCUGACCGAACGAGAGCGCACUCUUGCCGCUGCACGUCUUGCUUUGGACCGAGCAACCCGCGAUCGCACGAACUUCAACUGGCCCCAAGCAAAGGAGGCAUUUACCGACCCUCGGACAUACAUGUACGCGCUAAUGGGUAUUACCAUUACGCUGCCGACCGCGAUCGUCAAGUUCUCUUCUAUUGUCAUUCAAGGCUUUGGCUUCAGCGAUUUCCAGACUCUGUUGGUCGGGCUGCCCGGGGGUGCUCUGGCGUUCUGCCUGGUAUGGAUCGGUGCUUUGGUGCCCACUCAUUAUCCCAACGCGCGGUGCUACACAGGACUUUUUGUGGUCGCCAUGCCCCUCUUAGGGAGUCUCCUCCUGCUGCUGCUCCCUGCAUCAAAGAACUGGGGCAUCGUGGUCAGCACCUGGUUCGCAGGGUCCACGGCACCCCCCCUCAACAUCGUUUUGGGCCUGUUGGCAUCCAAUGUGCGUGGAAACACGAAGAAGUCGGUCGUUGGUGCGAUUUUUUUCAUCAUCUUCUGCGUCGGUUCCAUCGCGUCACCGCAGUUUUGGCAGGCUGCAGAUGCGCCCCGCUACCGCAAGGGCUGCAUUGUAAGCGUGUGCAGCUGGGCCGUGCUCCUGACAAUGUUGAUGACUUUCCUUUUCACCGCGAAACGCUCGAAUGCGAAGCGAGAUCUGAAGGCGCAGGAGGACAGUGACUAUUCUGAACAGGGAGUUCCAGUCUCGGUCGACUCGGAUCACACGGAGAGACAGGAUUGUAGAUUUAGAUAUACACACUAG